AUGCAAGAACGAAUGAAACCACCAACUUAUCGUUGUUUUUGCCAUCCUUUCACUCGAACGCGAGUACAUGCACAAGAUAUAAUUGUGUUUUUAUCUUUUAGUAAAGGAACAGCUAUGAGUUCCAACGAUUCAGCACAAACAACACAGGGCAUGGGGCAAGACUAUAAUGCAAAUUCUCUUACUCAAAUGGCUGCAGUCAAAUUAUCUGCUGCAUAUAUUCGACAAGCAAUAGAUGCAAUCGAGAUGGAAAGUUUGCCACUUGUCAUCAUCGGCGAUUAUGGUUCAUCUCAUGGCUCCAAUUCCAUGCAUGCCAUGCAAUUCAUCAUUCAAACAUUGAAAGAAACCAAAAAAGUUGAUGAGAAUAAACAACAGAUCCUCGUCGUGCAUAAUGAUUUACCAACAAAUGAUUGGGCAUCUCUCUUUGAUAUUCUCAACAAAAACAGUUCAUAUCACGGAGUGGCUAGUGGCCGUUCUUUUUAUCAACAAUGUUUGCCUUCUAACUCACUGACUAUCGGCUAUACUUCAACUUCAUUACAUUGGCUGUCGCACAAACCAUGCAAUUUAUCUGAUCAAUGUCUAGUUCAUUGUUCUCUUAAUGACAACGAAAUAAACGCGUUCAAACAUCAAGCUGCUCUUGAUUAUGCUCACUUUCUUGAAUAUCGGUCCCGUGAAUUGGUGCCCGGUGGUGUUUUAAUUUUGGUAAUCCUCGCAAAUAAUGGUAAAGCUACCCGUGAUCAUGGUGAACUCCUGUAUAGAUGUGCUCGAGCACUCUUAUCAUCUCCAGAACUACUUGAUUAUACACUACCUAUAUAUUGUCGCUCCUAUUCUGAAUGUGUCGAUCGGGAUCUUUUUGCAAAAUUUGAUCUUGAGUUGAUCAAAUCAGACACUGUUAACGUCAAAUCAAUUCUGGGAGAACAGUUACGAAAUGGUGAGAUAACACUUGACUAUUUGGCUCGAGUACUGACCGCGGCCGUGCGUAUCGCUCUUGAAUAUCCGCUCAAGCAAGCACUGAUCGAUAAUGGACAACGAUCAUCAGAAGAAAUCGACAAGAUAUUAGAUCAAUAUUGGGACUUACAUGAGAAAGGAAUGAAAGAACAGUUGGAUGACUUCGAAACUGACAUGAUGGUUAUUGAUUUAGUUUUAAAAAAGAUAAAGAAAUAA